CGCCUUCCUCCAAAAAACUAAGCGGAAGAAAACCAACGUGAACUGGGACCGUAACGCAUCCCCGGCUGGUGGAACUGGUAGUGGAACUGGUUUCAUGGGACUGUGUGGGUGGGUGACUGUGGCUGUUGGUUGGCGGGGGCAGCACGCUGGGUAGCUGUCGGCUAAAAUAACCAGCAACCGGCUGAGACGAACGGACAAAUUAGCUAACAUCAACUCAGGACGAAGCUAACAACUGUACGUCAAAGUUGGCGUGUUUUGGAUGAAAAUCAGAAAUAACUCGUGCUGAGCAACAGAAUGGACUGCAGCCCUGCUAAAAUGACAGAUAUUGUUGUACAGGAAUCUACAGGGACUAACAGCUCCAGCUCUGAAGAGUUUGUCCCUCUGUCAAAGCUCCUGAUGACACCAUCCAGUAAGGAGAGAAAGUCACGUGACAACAGCCACAGCUUAACCUCCAACUCCAACGCUAUUUCCUCCCAGGACAAAACUUUGGACUCCUCAGACGACGAGCCGCUGAUAAAGCAGAAAACAACAUUUGCACCACCUAAGAAAGUCGAGAAAAAGGAAAACACACCACCGGGAUCUAAUGGCACAAAUAAGAAGAAUGCAGGUUUGAACGCAGAUGAUGACUCAGACGAUGAACCUCUCAUAAGAAAAGUGUCCUCCAAAGGUGCAAAGAAGCUUUUCUCAGUGCCACCAAAAGCAUCUGUUGAUACGAAGAAGACUGAUUUGAACACAGACGAUGACUCGGACAACGAGCCGCUGACAAAAAUCGCCAAAGUGUCACGUGCAAAAAAGCCUUUGUCGGUGCCACCAAAAAAAUCUGGUGACAGGAAGAAGCCAGAUUUGAACACAGAUGACGAUUCUGACAACGAACCUCUGAUAAAAACGGUGUCCUCCAAACCUGCAAAGAAGCCUUUCUCAGUGCCACCGAAAGAAUCUGUCGAUACUAAGAAGACAGGUUUGAACACAGAUGAUUCUGACAACGAACCUCUGAUAAAAAAAGGAUCUUCCAAAGCUGCAAAGAAGCCUCUCUCAAUGCCACCAAAAGAGUCGACUGGUACUAAGAAGACAGACGAUGACUCUGACAACGAACCUCUGAUAAAAAAAGUGUCCUCCAAACCUGAAAAGAAACCUUUGUCGGUGCCGCCAAAAAAAUCUGCUGAUAGGAAGAGGACAGAGUCACUGGACAAGGACCAAAGCUCAGAUGAUGAACCUCUGAGUGAAAUUGCCAAAAAACGUCCCCGUAAGAGAAAAGCAUCCGUCGUGCAGUCUACGAAAACAAGCCCGGUUAUUAAAUCCCAAAGGACUGCAGCGAGGAAAGGAGUUACAUAUGCUGAAGCCUCCAGUGACAGCUCAGAUGAUGAGCCGCUGGCAACAAUAAGGAGGAGUAAAUCGAAUGAAAACAAGAAAACAACAACAAAACGUAAAGAAAAAUCACUAAAAGACUCUUCAUCCUCAGACAGCAGCUCAGACGAUGAGGACGUUCCGCUGAGGAACCUCGUUGCCAAGAAAAGGAAACCAGUGAAGAAGAACACAAAAAAGAGCACCGGGGGCAGUGCAUCAAAAAAGAGACAAGAACUCAGUGAUGAAAGCUCAGACUACGAACCUUUGAGCAAUCUGGUGAAAAAGACCCGCACAGACAAACAAAGAAAAAGCAGAACAACGGCUUCGACUCCGAAGAAGAGGAACGCAAAUUCUCAAAAGCCAAGAAAGAUGCUUGUAAGAAAUUCAUCAAGCAGCAGUUCAGAUGAUGAACCUUUAAUCGACACCCACCCACCACACCCACAAGUCACCAAAAUCCUGAAAGUGCUGCUCGAGAGGUGUGAUGAAAAAGCCUCAACAGGGAGCCUGAAGGAAACCACAACAGAAGACACAUCGGCUGCUGAACAGCCCACGAAGGACGACUCGGAGGGUUCAAAGGAGUCUUUAGAAGAAGCAUAAACACAUGACUUAAGCCUAAAAAUCAGUUAGUGUCUCAUGUUAACUUCAUCAGCAUUGUUUUAUAUACUUACAUUUUAUUUAUAGUGUUCAUGUUUUUACUCCAGCUUUUAGGUUUGGGCCCAUGUUGUGCAGGAUUUUUCAAGAUUUACUGCACUUAUUUGAUGUUUACUACACCGUAUGUGUCCAUUUCUUUGCGUUGGCUGGUUCCUCUGGUUUUAUUGUUUGUUUGUUUUUAAGGAAGUAGUUUAACAUUCACCGUUAUACAGUCACAUUUCUGCUAUCAUAGUAAAUGCACACUCAGCAUGCAGCAGCGACAAUCUGUUGUGUUGGAUUAAACUGCUUAAUUCAUA